ACUAAUCAGAAAAAGGAGUGGAAAAAAAAAAGAAGCAAAACACAGAGAAAAUGGCAGGAUUGUUUGAUAAACAAGCCGAUCUAUACCUUGACGCCAGACCUAAUUACCCCUCAGAGUGGUUCUCGAAGCUCGCUGAUCUCACCGAUCACCACGGUUUAGCCUGGGAUGCUGCCACCGGAAACGGCCAAGCAGCUCUCGCCGUUGCAGAGCACUACGAGAGAGUCAUAGCAACGGACGUGAGCGAAUCGCAGCUGAAGCUAGCAACGCCACAUCCGAGGAUCAGUUAUCGCCAUACACCGUCGUCAAUGACCGACGACGAGCUAGUGGAAUUAAUCGGAGGAGAGAACUCAGUGGAUCUGAUCACUGUCGCUCAAGGCGUACACUGGUUCGAUCUCCCUAGGUUCUACGCAGUCGCCACGCGUCUCCUCCGUAAACCCGGCGGAAUCAUCGCCGUCUGGGGAUACAACGACGUCAUAGUGAGUCCAGAGUUCGACGCCGUCCAGUAUCGGUUCCACGCCACAACGUUGCCGUUUUGGAAAUAUCCGCACAUUCAACACAUCUUCGAUUCGUACGAAGCAUUGCCGUUUCCUUUCGAGAGUGUUGGGAUGGGAUCAGAAGGGAAGCCAUUGAAGCUGGAGAUGCCUAAAACGACGUCGUUUGAAGGGAUCAUAAGGAUGUUCAAGUCAUGGUCGGCUAUCGUCACGGCGAGAGAGAAAGGCGUCGAGUUGUUACCGGAGAGUUUGGUGAGAGAGCUUGAGACCGCUUGGGGAGGAUCUGAUCUGGUUCGUUCCGUCGUUUACAAAGCUUUUAUGAUCGCAGGAAAAGUUAGAGUUUGAUCAUCAAACCAUAACUGUUGUUCUCAUUUGAAGUUAUUUAUAAUUAUUUGAAAAAUUGGUCACAUUGCAAAAUUUCUCAGAAAGUGUUGUUAUUUGACAAAUCAAACAAAAUACAAUCUAUUAAACGUU